GCCUCAGGUAUUGUUCACCUGCAACAGCAGAGACGGCUGGGGUCGGGAGGCACCCGGGCGGGGAGGCGGAGAGGAGGCGCCGCGCCCGAGGGGCGGGCAGCAUGCCGCUGCGGCUCCAGCCCCGGGGUGCGGGGACAAAGAGCGCCGCGGCGUCCGCCGCCCCUCCGGCCGCCUCCUCGUCGUCCUCCACAGCGCUGACCGCGGAGGCGACAGCGGCAGCACCUUCGCCCCACGCCUGCUCCACCCCACCGUCUCCGCCUCCCGCCCCCCGCGACCCCGCGGCGGGGCCGAAGCCGCUGCUGCGCUGGGACGAGGUGCCCGACGACUUCGUGGAGUGCUUCAUCCUGUCGGGCUACCGUCGGCUGCCGUGCACGGCGCAGGAAUGCGUCGCGUCGGUGCUCAAGCCCACCAACGAGACUCUCAACUUCUGGACGCACUUUAUCCCGCUGCUGCUGUUCCUGAACAAGUUCUGCCGCCUCUUCUUCCUGAGCGGCCGCGAUGACCUGCCCUUCCACCACCCGUGGCUGCUGCCGCUCUGGUGCUACGCGUCGGGGGUGCUGCUGACCUUCGCCAUGAGCUGCACGGCCCAUGUGUUCAGCUGCCUGUCCCUACGCCUGCGUGCCGCCUUCUUCUACCUGGACUACGCCUCCAUCAGCUACUACGGCUUCGGCAGCACCGUGGCCUACUACUACUACCUGCUGCCGGGGCUCAGCCUGCUCGACGCUAGCGUCAUGACCCCCUACCUGCAGCAGCAGCUGGGCUGGCACGUGGACUGCACGCGGCUCAUCGCGGCCUACCGCGCGCUCGUGCUGCCCGUGGCCUUCGUGCUGGCCGUGGCAUGCACCGUGGCGUGCUGCAAGAGCCGUAGCGACUGGUGCACAUACCCGUUCGCGCUGCGCACUUUCGUGUUUGUCAUGCCGCUGAGCAUGGCCUGCCCCAUCAUGCUGGAGAGCUGGCUCUUCGAUCUGCGCGGGGAGAACCCCACGCUCUUCGUGCACUUCUACCGCCGCUACUUCUGGCUCGUGGUAGCCGCCUUCUUCAAUGUGAGCAAGAUUCCUGAGCGCAUCCAGCCGGGCCUCUUCGACAUCAUUGGCCACAGCCACCAGCUCUUCCACAUCUUUACCUUUUUGAGCAUUUACGACCAGAUGCACUACGUAGAGGAGGGGCUGCGGCAAUUCCUCGAGGCGCCGCCCUCCUCGCCCACCUUCUUGGGCACGGUGGGCUACAUGAUCCUCUUGGUGGUCUGCCUGGGCUUGGUCAUCAGGAAGUUCCUCAACGUGUCCGACCUUUGCAAGGAGGACUGAGGCAGAGAGAGAGAAGAGAAAAAGGAAAAAAGACGACUGCUACACCUGCCAGGUGGUCGGGCCACCCCUCCUGGCCCUGGGUUGGGAGUUUUGGUUUGGGGCUUCUUGGUCUGUCAGGUUUGGCUUCGUUUCCUCUCCUCCCUUUCCUGGAGAGGAUGCUGAAAAACCAUAGAGGGUAGGAGAGGAGAAUUUUCCCAUCAUUGGACCCCAAGCCCCUCACCCAAGCGUUUGCAUGGCCAUUAACUGACCCCGAGAGGGGGAGAGCAGGAGGGCAAGAGGAAGCAAUCUAGUGACCUAGGCCACUGGGCAAAAUAAAUGUUCGUGUAAUGGUUAAGGAAAAACAAAACAAAACAAAAACGCACACACACACAAAUGACAGCUUUGUGAUUUCUGGGGUCAUUGGGAUUUUAUCUUUUCUUUAAACGCACAACUUGCUUUUAGGAAAGGGCCAGGGAGCGCUAGUCCCCUGGAUUGGGAUCACUUAGGAAGUAAAGGAAAGUCGAUGAUCAUUUUAAAACCCACUAUAGUUUGAACCCUCUUGGGCUCUAUAAAAAGAGUACUUUUUGUUGAAAAGGAGCCCAGUAACUUAAUUAACCCUGAUGUUUUAAUCUGCUAGAAAAUGCAUGGAAAUGUGAGCACAAGUUUAAUUAUUUCAAUGUGUUGAUGAAUUGUUAUUUAAAUAAUAUAUAAUGCACAUAUAAUAUAUAUAUGCAAUGAUUAUUUCAUAUGUUUUUUUUAAUCAACUGUGUGGAAAUAUUUUCAGAAUAAGCACCUGAAAUUUUCUUUUUGGGGAAGUUGGGAGGGGUAAUUGUUAUUUUGAAAUCUCAGCCCUUGUGCAUUAUAUACACUGGAAUUGGGUUGGAAGGCAAAUUGAUUGACAGCUGUUGCCUUUUUAUACAGUGUUUUUCUCGAGGACCACAUGUAUGUGUGAUGGUAUAGCUGUGACUUAUUCUCUCAUAGAGAAUGUGAUCCAAGGAUGGGAGAAAAGCUAGAGUGGUUUGUAUAACUCGGAAUGCUGGACAUCCUCUCACUCAUUUAGUUUUUGCUUGGUCCCUAUUUGAUAGGGCUCCACAAAUCCCACCCUGACUAUUUUCAUCUUUAUCCUCCUUAAUUCAGUUGCCACUGGAUAAAUGUGCCUUUUGAAGCAGUGCCCAAAUGUCUGGUCCUCAAAUCGGAUGGAUCUGUUUGCCUAGCUGUAGGAGAAAGCCUUGUUUGGGUGGUUACUGAAAGUCAGGGUUUAAUAUUUCAUCCAUGAAUGAAGAAAGGUGGGUCUGGUUGUGAUUUUUGUGGUAUGAAUUGCUUGCUUAGCCUCAUCUUCUGAAAUACUCUGCAUGUAAAGUUGUGCAUGGAAAUUCAACUAAGAUUGCUGGUGCCACUAUUAUUCCUGACAAGCAGCCUUGGGGGAGAACCAAUGAGAGUGUUUCAAAUUGAUGCAACCCUUUGUUUUAAAAAUUCAGUAAGGGAAGACAUAAUUCAAUUCCAGCUAUCAGGAGACAGACUCCAUCAGCUAUAAUUGAGAAAUUUGAGUUAAAAUAGGAUUUAGCUUUGUGAUGGGAGGUCAGCUGCCCUCUUGCUGCCAUCAGAGGUUCAGAUCUUUAGAGGAUAGGUCAGUCUUAGGAAAUUACUAAUGGUGCCCUCUUCAGUCAUUUGGAAAGUUCCUGUACUUGACUUAUACUAACAAUUCAGGUUGGAUCAUCUUUUUGGGGACAUUUUUGCCUAAUCAUUUUUGCACUUGAGCACAAUCUAGUGGGGCUAUUCAGAUACUUCUCAAAGGUCAACUAGGUGACUUGAAAUGGGGGGGGGGGAGAAAGACUGUUUGAAUUGUAGCAUCAUUAUGGCGUUUAUAGACAUGCACCAAACAGUAAAAGUAGAGAGAGGAGUGACUUCUUUGGAACUAGAGAGAUGGUGCUUUUAAAAGGGGCUGAAAGUACUACUCUUUUUGUAAACAGAGAGGUGUAUCACAAUUCCCUGGAGGAAAUAGCAUCCCAGUUGAUUUUUGUGUAUUUGUUUGCAUAUGAAAGCUAAAUUUAUAUUUAUAUGUUUAUAUUUAAUGUAGGAUCUUUUACUGGAAUUCAUUGCAAGAGUAUUGAUUGAGUACCAGUUCAUACUUUGGAAAACUCAAGCAGCAUGACCAUUAAGCUGCUUUAAAAUAAUUUGUACCUCCAAGCUCUGUAGGACAGUACUUUUGUAUCCAAGGAGCCUAUGGAAAUAGCCACUCCUAUAUGCAGACUUAUUUGUUUAUGAAUGGUGUCUGUUCUGGUACCCCAAUGAAUGUUUCUUUGGGGUGCUGAAAUUAUCCUAUGACCCUGAUUUUUGAGGGGAGCUGUGGCACUGAUUCUGAGCUGUUAGCAUAUAGACAUCUAAAGGUGGAUCUGCUUUUUGUGGGGAGUGGGGCCUUUUUCACCUUCCUGGUGGUCAUCUCCUUAAUUCUCAGAGGAGAACAUUUAAACCCAAAGACACAACUCCUUACAACUCUCUUUCUCCUCUCUCUUUGUCCUUAUGAUAGAGGGGCCACUUAAGGAUAAAAUUAUACCCCUAUCAUUUUCAAGUGAUUAAUGUUGCGUGAGCCCUGUAAGAUGACACACUUUUCCCUGUGAAAGGUUCAGCUCAAAGUAUGUCACUGAGAAAAUACUAAUCUCCUACUUUUUCUUCCUUUCCUCUUUCCUCAUUUUCCUUCUUGGUUCAAACUCAGACUUUCUGUAAUAUGUAUAGGGGGAAAGGGAUAGUAGACAUUGGAAAUAGAAUGAAUGUUCACUAAACUGACUUCACAUUACAUAAACAUGUUAGGUACAUUUGAGUUAUAAGACCAGGAAUGAUCCAUCAGAUAAUUUUUAUAUUAUUUACUGAGUUUUUUAUGGUUUGUGCUGACAUAAAUGAUGGUAUGGUAGAAUCCAUCAAUAUUUUCUUACUACCUACAUUCACGUGGGACUACUAGACAGAACAGAACUAACACACCACAAUCAGAAGAGGUGACUUUUCUGACACAAUUUCUUAAUUGCCCCUUUGCCCUGUCCAUUGUUUAAAAUGAGUUUAUUUUUGGAGACUGGUUACGUCUCCAUGGCAUCCAACCUUAGUUGUGAAGUGAAGAAAAAGAGACUAAAUAAGAAAAUAGUUUUUUUAAAAAAUAUAGUCUGCAUAAAUUAUUGUAGCAAUAGAAUGAAGCACAUUAUAUAAUCCAUUUUAUUUUUUACUUGUUAGUCCUGAACAGGAUUCCAUUUCAAGGAGCAAUGUCACAAAGUCAUGACUGGCAUGUAAAAAUAAAUGUGAUAUUUUCCAUUGGCCACAUAACAUUUUCUAUAUAUAUCCCAGCAGGAGUAUAUGGUGCUGGCCUCUCCAAAGCUGUGCGUAGAAUGUUAUUUCCAUUCAUAAAUAGUGCCUGUAAACUGAUGAUUCAUAAUGUAUUCUCAAUUAAAAAAACUUUAGGCCCCGCCAAAUCAAUAUGCUAUUUCAUGAGAAUCAUUUCUAGGAAUAUAAAAUGUUUAAGAAUGAUGCUAAUGGAGAUGAUUUUUUUAAACUUUUUUAUUUUUAUGACUUUUUGCCAGAGGAUUAGAUGUUGAUUGAAGGGGUAACAUCAAGCAAUAAUUAAUAGCACUUUUCAUCUCUAGGCUUCUUAUUAACUAGAUGGAUUAAUUUGCACAAAAUUACCAGUAAAAGAUAAUCCAUAGGUAUUAUCUCAAUGUUAGGGUCAUACAGCUUGUCCAAGCCCACAGGACUACUUUUCCAAACUAAUAUUUUGAAUUUGACGUCUUGUGAGUUCCCAUUGUGGAUUUUAUGCACGUGUCAAAAUACUUAGCUAUGAUCAUUUAUCCAUUCAUUCAGAUACCAAGUAGUGUUUGUUUUUUUUUUUAAACACUGAUUUAAAAGUCAGGGACAGCAGUCGAUACAUACAUAUAACCAUGUUGAAUAGUUGACAAAAAUCCUCCAUAAAUAUCUCUCUGCUAUAUGUUAUUUUAUUGUAGAUUGCUUCCCCCCCCCCUUUAGGGUAUGCUACUGGCUAUGUUUUUUAUUCAUUCAACAAGCACUUAUUGAGCACCUACUAUGUGCAAGGUCUUGUUUUCACAUGAAUUUUUGGGAAUCCAGCCAUUCUUACUCUUUCUCCACCAAUCCCCCCUUCUCACACAUUUCUCAGCAAGUUGGUUUUUGGUGCUAAUGGCUCUGAAGGAAGCUUUUACUUACAGUACAGUUAAAACUACACCCUUAACCCAUGCCCACUGUGGUCAGUUAAGCCAGAAUGUUUCAUGCUGCUCUCUGGUGUCAGGAAUGGGGCAUCUACUACAGCCUUGUGAAAAAUUCUGCUUUCCCUGAACGCUACAAUUCACUUCGGCCCGAAAGCUUCAUGUUGCCAGGCCAGCGUACAUUUUCACAAUUAGAGAUCCUGCAUGGUUUCAUCCAAACACAGAGAUAAGGCGAAGGGUACAGACAAAUUUUUGAAACUCUAGUUUGAAAAAUCCAGUAACUAUUCAUUUUGGAGAUGUUGACGGCAUACCGAGCAUUAUAUAGUUUAUACUGAUUGCCUAAAUUGUGUUAAUGUUAUUUUGGAUAUGAGCUACACCAGUGUACAUGGUUUGUGUCCCUUUCUUUUAAGGUUCUUGCCAUAGACUGCCAUUGAAAGAAUUCUUGGAAAAAAUCGAUCUUUGUGGGGGAUUUGGAAAAUAAAAAAAAAGAGAAGGAUAGAUUCUUACUGAAAUUAGAAAGCUGCUUAAUGAAAAGAACCAGCAUUUGGGCUUCAGACACCGGCCAGAAGCAGCCGAUAUUAUGGAAGGAAGAGCCAUGAGCAUUUUUGCCUGGAUUGUUAAGUUUGUACCCAGAAAGUCAUGUUGCUACCCAGAUGAACACGCAAGGGUCCUCACUGAAACACUGUCCCACCACAGUCCACUUCCCCACUGCUCCCCAGUGUGUCUUCUACUUGUUGUGACCAGAUUUUGUUUUUUGAAUCUGUGAGCAAAGUGGGAAAUUCAGGGUGCUUCUUUUACCAGUGGACAGCCAAGAGAGCUCACUGAGCUACCAAUAGUGGCGCUAUCUGAACUUUGGAGACCAGGAUUCUGGGUGCUCCGAUUUCCAUGUUUGCAACAGAUGCCAAUAGACGAGCGCGUGCAGACCAUAAUCACUCAUUUCUGUUUGCUCUCUAGUUUAAAUGGAAGGGACAGUGGUUUAUUCCGGUUUGUAGAAAUGCUUCAUCUGAUGUGUUAUAAUAUAUCCUCUUCUUUGCAAUGCAUGAGCCCCCCACUGCUGUAUGUUAUGUAUCAUUUCUCUAAGCCAUUCCAGGCAUGGCAUUUCUCAAGGAUACUUAGAUUUCUUGAAUGUGUGAAAACACCAAGCCAAUUUCUUCAUGCCUUAUAGCACCACCCAGCACAUGCAAUAACCACCCACGUAGGUGCAUGUUGUGUCUUACGGAUUACUUUAACUAUGUUAUUCAGAAUGUCCUGCUAUUAGUGGUGUAUUAUCUCAUCGAGAGAUGGAUGACCACUACUGUUAAUAAACGUUUCUAUAGGACAUAUAAUAUCCAUUUCUCUUUGCAGAACCCACCUCUACAUAGAAAGAAUAACGUUUUUAAUCAGCUAAAUGCAAAAAAAAAACCACAAUGAAAAUAGGGAAAUUUUUUUUAAAGGAAGUGUUUUCAUUUUAUAAAAAAUUCAAGUUUGUAAUAGUAAUUAGUUUGUGAAUAAUUCACUUUUACACAGAGGUGAGGCUUAGCUUCUUAAAAUGCUCAUCUUUGUCCUGGGCAUUUAAUCAUUUUUAACUCAUUUGAAUGAUAAUGACCUAUAGGUCAGUGCUUUUUUCUUAAAUACUAUGUAAAUAGUAUGUUAGGGAAGGGUAAACUUAAAAAGAAAAAAAAACCGGGCCAGAUUUUGCUCUUUAUAUGUAGCAAGACCCAAAAGUCUUUUUUUUUUUAAAUUCUGAUGGGAAACAUCAUUAAAUUUAUACAACAAUCACCACCCCUAGCCAGCCCUCCUUUCUGCCAGUCUUUCAUUCUUUCUGGAGGUCAUUAAUAAAAUUAUUCCAGACAGGCAACUGAGUUUAAAAUAAAACUGUAUCAGUAGAGAGGCACACUCCAUUUUCAUGGUGCCUAUAGCCACAAUUAAUGAUGUAGCCAGGCAAAACUGACUGGACAGGGUGGUUCCGCUGGCAUUGCUGACUUCUACAUUUCUGUAGCCUCCUGUUAUGAGGGUGGGAAGUAGGGAGAAAGGGGAGUUAGGAAACAUCCGAUAUGUGUUUUGACUUCACCUAUAUCUGAGAUGGAAGUGACACUGAAGCUGGCAUUGCUUGCAUUAACCAUGUAAGAGCUCCUACCCCAGAAAACUGCCCUCCAUGGUGGCAUUCAUUCACAUCUGAUGGGGAAGCACCAGAAAUGCAUAGCUCUAUUCAACUCUGAAGGUAAAUCAUGAUGGACAACUUGAGGGCUUGGAUGAUAAGUAUUUGGGCCUUUAAAAACCAUCUGCCUUACAAGGUUCAUUCAUCUCUAAACUAAGACCUUAACUGAGAUUGCCAUUCUAGACUUUAUAAGUAAGAAUGUACAACCAGCAUGUACCCCUUUUUAUAGUAAGGGGAUUAAUUGAAGGGCCACUGUUCAUCUUUUCUCAGGUGACAUACAGGAUGGGAGGGGGGGGCUUUGAUAAUGACCAAAUAGUACGGACCUCCAUAUUUCAGUAUUUUUUUUUAGCACAUUUUGAUAGUGAUUACAGAGGAAGAUGGGGGGGGGGGAUGAGUAAAGGUUGAGGCAGGAAUGAAGAGAGAUUGAUUUUUUUCCCCAUUGCUUGCUAGAUGACCAUAAUUUUUCCAGGGAAAACCCCUGACUCUAGCCAUCAAUAAAUCUAGUAAAUUUCGCCCUAAAGGGCCAUGUUUAACUAACUGGGAAAGACCUCUCAGGAUGUUUGAAGUUGUGUUACAAGUGGUCUGUGAUGCUAUUCCAAAUCAGUAGUGUGUAAAGGCAGAAAGAUCAUUAAUCACAACUGUUUUUUAAUCCAAUGAAUUACAUGCACCCAUCUAUAGAGAUAGAUGCCACUUUGGUCAGUUUUGUGCAUGCAAAAGCAAGACAAAAUUGUGAGUCAUUUCUGUUUUUUGGUUUGCUUUCAUUUUGUGUUCUGAGAAAUUUGUUCUUUGUGGUCUUGAAUGCUGAAAUCUGUUUAAAAAAAACUAUGCAUUUUUAGCUGAAAGACAAAUAUAUGAAUAAAGUUGUUUCUAAGCAUAAUA